GGGGCCUUCCCAGACAGCAGCCAGCGCGCUUGCAUCAAAUGUGACGCUACCAGCGGCAAAGCUUUCAACUUCCAGUCUGGCUUCUCCAUGUUCCAGACAUGGUCGCCAGCAAUCCUGCAAUCCUCGCAAGUCUGUGCCUGCCAGGCUGCACCAGACGGCUACACCACGGUCAUAGCCACAACGGAAUCGAAUGGCACGUUCUAUCAGCGAUGUGUCGUGUGUCCCGACGGCACGACGGCCAACAACCUGAACCAAUGCGCUCCAAACAGCCGCACCGUAUCAAUCGCGCUCACACCAGCGCAGCAGCUAUCGGAGGCUCUGCAGCAGCUCAGCAUCGGCCUGACUUCAUCGGCCGCCACCCAGGCUUCAAUUGCCGUUCCCACCGCCAGCGGCUCCAGUGUGUUGGAUCUCAACGUGCAGCAGUCAAAGCCGCUGGUGGAACUUCUUGGGCCGUCGGCCUUGGCGUGCAGGCAGGGGCUGGGCGCAGACCGGGCCGCGUGCAACGCUGUGGCCAAUCUGUGCGCGCUCACGUUGUAUGACAGCACCUCCGCAGCGUGUCGUAUGUACGACGCGCUGGUCAAACUGUUCGUUACCAACAGCGUAGGGGCUUCCCCGCCUCCCCCCAGCGGCACAACGCGACGCGGUACCACCAGUUUCAAACCGGAGACCGGCAGCAUGCCCUGGCUCUACUACGAGGGCGUCGGCUACACGGAUGACCCCCGCAUGGAUCUUCGAGUGCAGUUCUCCGGCGGCAACCUCGCCCAGGGCCAGGUGUCCAUGCUUACCUUUGUUCUGUCGUCGUACCUGCUGAACGGUACCUGGCUGGGCUACAACACCUGGACGUCGGAGUUCCAGUUGUGUGGGGCGCCCAAGGGGGAUGGGUCACGCUGGUACAGGGUCGGUUGGAACUACAAAAAUAGCUGCAGCAUCAAGCUGGAGGCACUGCUGGCGGAGGUGGCGCCUGCGUUCCGGGGUGGGGACGACACCGUCAUGUAUGAGCUGUUCCUGCAGGUGGGUACCUCGACAUUGUACCCUGUGCCCGUGCUCAUCACAAACACACUCACGGAUACAACGGUCGAGAACUCAGGCGCCGUGCGGCGCUUCUUCUUUGCGGACGCCCGUCUGGGCUUCAGCGCUCAGUCGCAGGGUUUGCAGGUGGUGCAGUACGCUGCGGACAUGCAGCUGCGCGUGGUGUUGAGGCGCACACCUCGAGACUCCAUCUACGUGCCGCAGCUCACCAUCACAUACAGCGCCUGGGAGACGAACACGCUGAGCACCGUGAACCUGGACAGCGACGCCGCCAACGUGGAGCGACCGGCGUCCUUCUCCGUGACCUACACGAACGAGCCGGAUUUGAACAACCGCUUCUGGUACGGGUGGCGGACCAUCUUGAUCGUGUUCGAGGUGGUGCUCGCCUUCCCCGCCAUGAUGCUGUCGGUGUUCCGGUAUAUCCGCAAGAAGAGGGAGCAGGCAGAUUUGGACUUUUUGGUGUACAUCGGCGUCAGCUUUGCAGACAUCGGCUCCUUCGCACUCGCAAUGGUGCUGCUGGUAGUGUCGCUGUACUACCUAAUCCUUUACAAGCUACAGGAGGAGAUUUACUUCCUGAUGCUGCCGGACGACCAGCUGGAGAACUUUAAGAUUACGGUCAUCCUGGCGAUAGUCGGCCAGAGCCUAGGGCUGCUUUGGAUGCUGUGGCAGCAGAUGCGCACGGACGUCUUCUUUAUCGACUGGGAGAAGCCUCGCAAGAUCCUCAGCAAGGAAGGUACCCGAGAGGAGCCGGGCGCAGUGAGCUGUUGGCGGACGUUGAUGGUGGCCAACGAGUUUAAUGAACUGCAGACGGUUCGCGUCACGUACCCGCCCUUUACCUUGCUGAUGGUGGUGAUGAUUCUGGAAGGUGCCAACGUCAUCGCGGCGGCCGACGUGACGCCGGAUGCCAGCGACUACCAGCACUACUUCGGCGUGACCACCUCCAUCAUCCUGCGCUUCGGUGUAGAGUCCUUCUUCUUCCUGGUGCUCUUCUUGGGCCAGUACAUCUUCAAGCGCCUGCUGUACUACCCGUACGUGGCCAACCCCGUGACACAGUUCAUUGACCUAAUGUACCUGGCCAACAUCUCCACGCUCAUUUUUGACGACACGCACUCGGGGUACUAUAUCCACGGAAGGAACCUUGCACAGCACUCAGACACGACGUUGAGGGAGCUCAACCAGGAGCUGCUGAAGGAGGAGGAGGGUCUCACUUCGCAGCGGGGCCUCAUCAACUCCUCCGCCAACCCCAAGCUCGCGGACAACCAGCUGUUCCUCAUGUACAUCACGGAGUCGAUCCGCAAGACUUACGAUGCCAAGAUGCUGCAGCUCGUCCAGCAGGCCACCAACGACUCCCGCAACCGCAAGGGCAUCGUUAACACGUUUCUGCGGGGGAGCGGUCGCCAACGCGACACCGUGCUCACCGCUUACCAAGACGUCACGCUGCUCUUCAAACAAAUGAUUGAGGACGUGGAGCGAAAUCAGGCGACGCAGGUUACCGAUCCGACCUACAUGCAGAUGAUCUUGCAGCUGCCGCCGGAAAACGCGCAGAACAAUCCCGCCUUUGUGCACGACUAUUUUUCGUCCUUCACGACCACCAUUUUCAUUGGCAACGAGGUCCGGCUGUUCGUGUACGAGGCGCUGUUCUUUUGCGCUAUCGACAUGUCGCUGCGCAAUGUGGCGCUGUCCGCGCUGCUCACAUUCAUCGUGAUCCGCGUCGUGGCAUACGUGCGCGCCAUGGUCGGGGAGGACAACCUCUCGCAGAAGACACUGGUUGACCGCCAUUUCCUCAUCUAA